AUGGCUCUGUCUGCUCGUGUUAGUCUAUUGUUGAUCUUUUGUCUAACAGUUUUUACCAUUCAAACACAUGGAUUCCUAUUUGGAGAAUGGUGUUUAGGUGCUCAUCAAGAAUAUUCACGAUGUGGCUCGGCUUGUCCUCUUACAUGUUCUGAUGUAAGGCAUGCAAGAUAUUUUCGACUAUGCACACAUCAAUGUGUCCAAGGUUGUAUUUGUAAACGUGGUUAUACAAGAAGAUCUCAUCCAAAAAGUCAAUGCAUUCCUGAUUGGCGAUGUUAA